ACCCCAUUCAACAAGAUGGAAGCAGCUGCGGAGUCAUUGUAGUGAAAAUGGCGAAAGCACUGAUGGAGGCCUUUCCUCUUAUGCCAGAUGUGGAAUUUGACACCACCAAAAAGGCAAUGAAAGAUGAAAGAAAAGCUCUGGGUCUUCAUAUCCUUGAAGCAUCAGUGUUCGAUGACCAGACUUGCUGUGCAAUGUGUGCUGCCUACAAGCCCCCAGUUUCGGGACCUCAAAUGACAGACUGGAUCCAGUGCGACAGGUGUGACAAAUGGUUUCAUGCCCUGUGCCUAGACAUCAAAAGCAACCAAUAUGAAAAGGCAAAGAGAGGCAGCUGGAAAUGUCUGUUGUGCACGUAAUAAAAAAAUCUUUCUACCCUGUUGAAUGUAGUUCAAAAGAAAUAAUUUGAAAUUAUAUGUAGAAAAUAAAACUGUACUUCGUUUCAA